AUGGAAGAUACCCUCUGCAUUUUUCUUCAAGAGCAAAGGGAGUUCUUAAAGAGACAAGAGGCCACUAUGACCUCCUUUGCCGAAGCCAUAUCAUGCUUAAGUACACUUCCCUCUCAAGCACUACCUAACCCCAAGGGUGGCCUCAAUGCCAUCACCUUGAGGUCUGGCACCACACUACAAGAGAGAAGUCCUAAGGAGACCACUCUAGAUGAAGACAUUAUUGAGGUGGAAGAUGAGAAAGAAGUACAAAUAGUUGUUGAAGAGGAAGUUACUCAAGUAAGAGAAAGAGGUUCUAAAGAAGAUAUGCUAAAAGAAGCCAUUCCAAUCCCAUUUUCAAGCUUGGCAAAGAGGACCAAAAAGCAAUUGGAGUUAGAUCCAAAGAUGGUGGAUAACUUCAAAAAGGUUGAGGUAACCAUUCUUCUUUUUUAUGCUAUUCGCCAAGUUCCUAAAUAUUCCAAGCUUUUAAAGGAUUUAUGCAUGAACAAGAAAAUGAUUAAUGAAUUGAAAACUAUUCCUUUUGGUAGUUUAAUUUCUGCUUUAAUGGGUGCUAUUUCUGAAAAAUGUGGGGAUCCUGAACCUUGCUUAGUUUCUUGCACUAUAGGUGGUGUACAAUUUGUGGAUUGUAUGUGUGAUCUUGGUGAUUGUGUGAGUAUUAUGCCUUUGUCUAUUUAUAAUGAAUUGAACUUUCCACCCUUGGAACGGUCGGCAGAAUGCUUUGUCUUGGCAGACAAAUGCAUUAUUUUUGUCGUUAGUAUUGCUGAGGAUGUCUUAGUGAGUAUCAAGGGAUUGACUUUUUUGAUUGAUUUUUACAUCCUUGAGAUGCCUCCUAAUGACUUUGGAAAACCGUCAUCCGUCUUAUUAGGGAGGCCCUUCUUGAAGACCUCUCAGUUUAAACUUGAUGGAUUCUCAAGCACCUACUCAUUUGGGAUUAACGGUAGAGCAAUAAGCUUUAAUUUGGAUGAGGCUAUGAAGCAUCCACCGGAAGACCACUCUAUCUUUCGGUGUGACAUUAUUGAUGAGGUUGUGGCUAAGGUUCACCCUGGGAUCCUUGAUGAGAUGAAUUUGAGCAAAAGGGCAAGUGUGGGGAAGCUAAAUGAUUAUGAUGAAGACACUUUUCCACCUCCAAUGUUGCCGGACAACAAUGUACCAAGUCAUGAGUUAAGUGUGGAAUUGAAGCCUCUACCUCCCCACCUUAAAUACGCCUUUCUUGAUAACAAUAAAAAACUCCGGCUGAUCAUUGCAAGGGAGCUCACUUCCGACCAAGAAUGA